CCUAUAAAGGUUUGGUCCAGAAAGACUUCCCUUGCGAGGAGGAUGCACAAGAUGCUCUCUAUCUAUUGCUACAUAGCAAAGUCAAUUAGUCUCUCUAAUUUUCCAUACAGCACACAAUCUUGGUGGAAAAGAGAGCAAAGAUCAUUUCUAAAUUCUAAUUAGCCUAUGACUGUGACAUUGCCAUCAAGACUGCAAAUCUUGACAAAACAAAAGAGAUCAUCUCUUUUUCUGUCUAACACUAGUGACACACUUUUCUUCUCUUAUUCUUAUGGCUUUGGGAGCAACGGCUGGCUCUUUAAGAAUUCCCCAAACCCAUUAUUUUCUUACAUGGCUUUGGUGUCUUCAUUCCUUGUUUCAAUUCCCUCUAUUCUAUUAGCAUUUUCUUGUCUUUCUUGUGUGUCCAGGAAGAGAUAAAAGGGGUGAGAAAGACAAGGGGAUCAGGGAUAAGAUGGAGGAAGGGAAUCAGUGGCCGGCAGAAGAUCAGAAACACCAUAGUUGGGGAGUAAUGUCACCGGAAAUUGUGGAGGUGGGAGAAGAUAGCAAGAGCAUAAUAAGCAGCAGGGAUGGUGGGUUCACUGAUGUGUAUAUAGCUGUUGGGAAAGAUGACAUGGAUGUGGUGAAAUGGGCUGUAGAUCAUGCUGUCUCUCCGGGAGCUCGGAUUUUCCUGGUUCAUGUAUUCCCUCCCAUCACUUCCAUCCCUACCCCUGUUGGGAGGCUUUCAAGAAGCCAGUUGAGCCAAGAACAGGUGCAAUUCUACAUCAGAGAAGAGAACAACCGAAGGAGGAACCUCCUGCAGAAAUACAUUUGCCUGUGCAACGAUGCGAAGGUGACAGUGGACACAAUGCUAGUGGAGAGCAAUUCAACGGCCAAAGCAAUUCUUGAACUUAUUCCUGUCCUUAACAUUACAAACCUUGUAAUGGGAACCAAACGGCCGCCCUCCUCAAGGAGGCUGAUGAAGGGAAAGGGAAUAGGCAAGGGAGAGUUCGUGCAGAAGAAUGCCCCAGAGUUUUGUGAAGUCACCAUUGUUUGUGAUGGCAAGAAGCUUGUGGAAAAACUGGAGAAUGGCGAGCAGCUGGUUCCUUCAGCUUCACCCAGACACCGAAGGCCAGACAGUACUGCUCGGCCCCAAUCUGAAAGGAACUUCUUUGACUGCAUAUGCUUCUCAGCCAAAUCCGAUUAAACAGAGGAAAAGCAAUAAACAAAUGCUUCGCUUACUGUGGCAUUUCAUCGAACAUGUAGAAGACAGUCAAAAAUCAAAAAAUAGGCAAUCAUAGGAUCAAGAACGGAUUUCCAUUGGGGACAUGAUCCAAGAGCAAUGCUAUUCAAGCCAUAAUUGAAGCAAAAGGUACCCAGAAAGUUUAAUUUUGGUGUCAAAUCAUUCUUUUCUUUGCUGUUUCUCAUUCUCCCCUGAUGGAUGAGCCCUAAUCAAUGUAGUGUAUAAGGAAUGGUUUUGAGAGUUGAAGGGCAUUUAUGUACUACUAUUAGUAUGAGAAUUAAGCUUCUUCUUGCUGCUC